UUCUCUGUACGAGAACGGCGCCCAUGCACAUGUCUGGACUCCGUUCAGGUCCCGCUCCAACACGGUACGGGGCAGAAGUCGUUCGGCUCCGAGGGCCGUAGAGCCAUGAUCUGGUACCAGAAAACUUGUUUUAGGAGGCCCAAUAACAGAAACAUCAGCGCGGUAGCUACGGCCCCGUCAGGCGAAGGUCGCUACACCAUCUAAGGCCCUAGUGGGGUCAGGGCCGUGCGCUUCCGACUGGACGCGCGAAAGAGACACACGCUCCGCACAUGCCGCUGGGGAAUGCAUUACGUCUUCGUGGUCGUCCUCCCCCAGCAGACCUCCAACGGCAAACCCUGCUCGUCCCAAAUGCUUCGCGUAGACAUUUAGAUACAAAUGGCCACCGUCAGUACGUCCAUGAACGACUUUCAGCUGAGCCGGACCAAGCGCAACCCACUGCGGAAUCUCGACUGGACUUUGAAAUGCGCGGUGAUGAUACCCUCCCACUUGUUUGGCCUCUGCCCAAAAUCCUGUGAUGUUCACUUCUUGGAAGUACAUUUCCGCACAGUGGUCACCCAACCGGCGCGCAUCGGCCUGCACACGAAGCAAUGCGUCUUCAGCGCCCAUUCCACGAGGGAUGCUUAUCAAAACGUGUUUCCCCGCCUUCAUCAAGUCGAACCGCUCACCAUGAAGGUUUUGAAGGUGGGGGUCGCCAGUGGCAGCCACGCCGGCGCUAGCUCCGCCCGCCAUGGGAGCUGCAGGCGGAAACGUCGGAUGUGGAGUCGGCCAACCAGGAGGAUACGUCGGGCUAGGAGUCGGGCUGGGCGUCGGGAAGGCCGUCGGGUAUGCCGUGGGGAAAAGCGUGGGGAAAGGCGUCGGGAAGGACGUCGGGAAGGCCGUCGGGAAGGGCGUCGGGAAGGCCGUCGGGAAGGCCGUCGGGAAAGAAGUCGGGAAGGGCGUCGGGUACGGCGUCGGGUACGGCGUCGGGUACGGCGUCGGGUACGGCGUCGGGUUCGGCGUCGGGCUCGGCGUCGGGUUCGGCGUCGGGUUCGGCGUCGGCUUCGGCGUCGGCUUCGGCGUCGGGUAG